CAUCAAACCUGAUGCUAAGCAGGCCUCCUGUUGUUGUGGUCCCUCUGGGUUGGCGGCUGCCAUCGUGCACCUCCACAACUUUGCCCGUCUGCGCCUAAGCCCAGCAAUGCCCUUCUGGAGCCAGCCUGCCCUCCUGCCGUGCCCCUCGCCCUCCGUCUCCUCCACCGCUCGCCGCCCCACAUCACCCGCACCAUGAGAGGGGCCCGGCAGCUGGUUGCCUGCGGAGGAGGAGGGCUGCUGCGUGGUGGGUGGAGUGGCUGAGGGAUGGCCUCCUUGGACCUGCCGUACCGCUGUCCGCGCUGCGGGGAACACAAGCGUUUCCGGAGCCUGUCCUCCCUACGUGCCCACCUGGAAUACAACCACACCUAUGAGACCCUCUAUGUCCUCUCCAAAACCAACAGCAUCUGCGAUGCCACCGUCUUCCCCCUGCCGUCAGAUACCACCCUCCUGACACCCGCCACCCGCCGGGACAUCUUCGAGAGCACCUCCUUCCAGGGCAAGGAGCAGCGUUUCACCUGCGACCUCAUCACCACCGACGAGCUGGAGUCCUCGUCCUCCUCGCCCGUGGCCUCUCGCUACGUCCACGAGAUCGAGAUCCCACUCACCGAGAUCUUUACCCGCAAGGCCAUGACCUCGGCCACCACCCCGCCAGCCGCCGCGGCCGCUGCCGUAGCCGCCGUGGAUGCAGCUUAUGAAGAAGGCCUGACCCGCCUCAAGAUCCGGGCCUUUGAGAAACUGGAGGUGGACAAACGCCUGGAGAAACUGACCGAAGAAGUGGAGCAGAAGAUCGCUUCCCAAGUGGGACGGCUCCAGGUGGAACUGGACCGGAAGACCUCAGAGCUGGAGAAGGCCAAGCAGGAGAGCCUCCGGUUGAGCCGGGAGAAGCAGGAGCUGGAGGAUCGGGCCGUGGAGCUGUCUCGGCAGGUGGACGUCAGCGUGGAGAUGCUGGCCUCCCUCAAGCAAGAUCUGGUGCAGAAGGAGCAGGAGCUCACCCGCAAGCAGCAGGAAGUGAUCCAAAUCGACCAGUUCCUGAAGGAGACGGCCGCCCGCGAAGCCAACGCCAAAGUUCGCCUCCAGCAAUUCAUCGAGGAGCUCCUGGACCGUGCCGACCGAGCGGAGAAGCAGCUGCAAAUCAUUAGCAGCAGUUGUGGGACAACCCCCAAUUGCAGCCUUGGCCGAUGCAGCGUGCCGGGCUCCAAGAGCUCCGGAAGACCGAGAGACAGGCAUUCGGUUCCUGGUGCAACCGCCAACAGUUCCUAUGCCAACCAAAGGUCUUCAUCCAGUACUGGGGCCUCCAGCCACGCCAAAGCCGUGUCCCAGAGCUCUGGCUGCUACGACAGCGACAGCCCGGAAUUGUACCAUGGAGAGGAGAACGCAGACUACCAGAGCGGCCAAAGCCGUGGCUCCGACGGUGGCUUCGACCGGUCCAACGCGGUGCGUGGGUCGGGCCUCCGCAGGCAGGCCAUCCAGAACUGGCACCGCCGGCCGUACCGCAACAGCACCGAAGGGGAGGAAGGGGACGUCUCUGACGUCGGCUCCAGGACGACCGAGUCGGAAGCCGAAAUCUGGGAGACGGAGCCCAGGGUGCAGCCGGAGUCCCAGCAGGUGAACUUCUCCAGACCUGGGAACAACUCCCGGCUGCCAGGUCGGUCUGACGGUGGGAAGGCCCUCCGACCCGAUCGAGGCAGCCCUUCUCGUUCAAACGAAGUCAUCAGCCCCGAAAUCCUCAAAAUGCGAGCUGCCCUCUUCUGCAUCUUCACCUACCUGGACACCAAGACCCUCUUGAGAGCCGCAGAGGUCUGCAAGGACUGGAAAUUCGUGGCCCGGCACCCGGCUGUGUGGACUCGGGUGCUUUUGGAAAAUGCCCGGGUAUCUUCGAAGUUCUUAGUCAUGCUGUCGCAAUGGUGCACCCAAACCCACUCCCUCACCCUCCAGAACCUGAAACCUCGGCAAAGAGGGAAGAAGGAGACCAAGGAAGAUUACAUGAAAAGCACACGGGGCUGCCUGGAAGCCGGGCUGGAGUCCUUAUUGAAAGCCACGGGGAGCAACCUCUUGAUUCUCCGGAUUUCGCACUGCCCCAACAUCUUGACGGAUCGCUCCCUCUGGCUGGCCAGCUGCUACUGCCGGGCCCUGCAAGCCGUGACCUACCGGAGUUCCACAGACCCCGUGGGCCACGAAGUCAUCUGGGCUUUGGGAGCCGGUUGCCGGGACAUUAUUUCCUUGCAGGUGGCACCACUGCAUCCUUGUUUCGUACAUGUGUUUCGACUCUACGUGAUAGCCCGCAACUGCAUGCGCCUCCAGGUGUUGGAGCUGGACCACGUGACGGAGGUGAACCAGGAGGUGGCAGCCGAGGUCUGCCGGGAAGGUCUGAAGGGCCUGGAGAUGCUGGUCCUGACGUCCACCCCGGUCACCCCCAAGGCCUUGCUGCAUUUCAACAGCGUUUGCCGGAACCUGAAGUCCAUUGUGGUGCAAGUUGGGAUCGCUGACUACUUUAAGGAACCAAAUAGUGCCGAGGCCAGGAAGAUGUUCGAGGAAAUGGUUAACAAACUUCAGGCCCUCAAGAAGCGGCCAGGCUUUUCAAAGAUUUUACACAUAAAGGUGGAAGCGGGCUGUUAACCUUUGCGAGGAAGAAGCCGAACCGAUCCCGUCUGUCCGCCUGUUACGAAAAGACAACGCCGGCAUUGGGAGGUCUGCCGAUCUCCGUUCUCUCUGAGCCGGCGCUUUUGGGGAGCGACCCGCCAAGAGCACACCUUUUUACGCCGGCCUUCAGGAACGAAAGCGACAGGCUCCUAUUCCUGGCGGAGGGCAGGGUGCGCUGUGUCGAAACGAUGGUGCUACAUUUACACAAUUACAGAACCAACACAAGGGAUUUCUCAAGACUGCCAGGGAAGUGGCCCCCUUCUCCUCUCUCAUUUCUUGUCCUCGCUCUUCUUACGGAGCCAGCUGCAAAACCAUCUCUUUGCAUCAGACAAACCUUCUCUUUGCCGAGCAAUCCUUUACCUUCAGAGUUCCUUUUUCCUUCCAAGAGGUUGAGUAACUUAACAGCUGAUUAACAAGGGAGGAUUUUUGUAUUCCUUUGCUCUUCUCUGCCGAAAUGAUGGAUCGUUCCUCUGCAAGAGAGCCGUGAAACAUCCUUUGAGAACUCCUUUCCACGGUCUCCAGUCUUGACAUUUCUUGGGGACUUGAUGUUUUGACUUUUUUGGGGGUGAAGUAAUCAAAGAAUCUAGCAUUUUUUUUGCAUUUGGUUUCUCUUUCUUUAACAAGCAGAACUCAGCAAAAGCCUCCCCCACCCCCACCCCCAAAUAUGACUGGAUCAUAGAAUCAUAAGAGUUGGAAUAAACACCCAGGGUCAUCCACUCCAAACCCCUUCCAUGCAGGACCACACAGUAUAAGCACUCCCGACAAGUGAUCAUCUGGUCUCAAUUUCAAAACUGUGGAGACUCCAAAACGCUCCAAAGCAACAACAAACUCUACUGUCAAAACAGCAUCCAAAUUCUGUCCUAAUAUUUAGGUGGAACCUUUUUUCCUGCAGUUUGAAUCCAUUACUCCAUUUUGUCCUAGUCUCUGAAGCAGCACAAAACAAGCCUGCCUCCUCCUCCUCAAUACAACAUCCUUUCAAAUAUUUAAAUAUGGCUAUAAUUACCCUAUAAUCAACAUCCACAGCUCCCCAAGCCACUCCUCAUAGUGUUUGACUUCCAGGACAUUUUUGUGAUCUUCUUUGUGCCCCUUCCAUCUUGUCCAUCUCCUUCUUGAAUCGUGGUGCCCAGAACUGGACACAGGGUUAUUAUUCCAGGUGCCAAAGGAGAAUAGGGAGGGACGAUGACUUCCCUUGAUCUAGACACUAUACCCCUAUUGAUUCAGUCUAUUGAUGUUAAAACCAGCCAGAAUAAAAUCCCCAAAAUAUUAUGGGUUUGUGUCUGAUCUUGGCACCUUGGAGGUCGCUCCCGAAGUCAAAUGUGGUCCCAUCUCCAAAGCCUCUCAGAUCAAGGCAUUUUGUCAACAAUUCACUGAGACAGAGAGCCAUCUUUCAGUCUUUUGGAAGUGCUGCCAUGGAGAUGAACAGCCCACAGAAGAUCUCCUAUCCUGGAUGCUCAUCAUCGCCUUCGCCAAGAGUUAGAAAUUCUGGCUCUCACUGUCUCUGCAAGUGUCCUCCAGACAAACUACUGCCUUCAAAUAUCAACUGGUUGUGCACACUUUCUAGUUUCCACCAAGCUUUGCGCAAUGGCCAAACAAGAAGCCAUUCCUCUGCAAUUAGAUGUUAAAAUAUCUUAGGUUUCUUUUGGAUUUCCGAAGAAAAUGGAGCUUUGGAACGUAUGGAUAGAACUCAAAUCAGAAAAGCCAUGCAGCGAUGCACAGCUCCUGAAAGAUUGCCAUCCAACUUCUGUUUGCAGACCUCCAAAGUUGGAGAGUCCACCACCUUCCAAGGCAAUUUAUCCCAUGGUUGAAUUGUUGUUCCCACCAAGAAGGUCUUCCUAACAUAUAGGUGGAUUCUCUCCUCUCAUAAUUUGAAUGCACUGGUUCAUGUCCUAGUCUCUGGAGCAGCAGAAAAGAAGACUGUUCCAUCUUCUUCAUAACUUCCAGAUAUUUAAAGAUGGCUCUCACAUGUCAGGGAUUGUGUUGCCAUGGGAGAAGAUCCGAAGUGAUGAUCCUCCAGUUCAUAAGAGCUGUUUGUGGAUACAAAGCUGGCAAUCUCCUGUCUGAGGCUUUGGCCAAAAUCAGGGCAUGAUCUUUGAGUUACCCAAAACAUCAAGGGAGAAAGAGAAGCAUUUUGCAAUCUUUGGCCAAGACGUGUUUCCACAUGCAUUUUAUCAGUUGGAAGUCAACAAGCCCAGCCUUUUCUAUCCAUACAUUUCAAUUGUGGAGAGAGAUAUGAACCCUAUCACUUGACUUUCUGCCCAUUGUGCAGAUGGUAGAGGCCCUCUCAAAGCCACUUCUUAGCAAUUCAUAGAGCGCUGGUAGGGUCAUUUAGUCCAAUCCCCUUUUAAAGUAACAAUUAGGUUUCCCAAUUUCCUUGCUCCAAAGAGAGGAUAGGGAAAGCAAUGGGGACAAGAAGUGGUGGUCCUCCCAAAGAAAACCAAGCAUCCUCUCAGACCUUAUUUGGUACAAAGAAGAACCAUGAAAACCCAACAGUUUGGUGACAAGGAUAAAUUAUGCAAAGUAAACAUAGUAUCUGUACAAAAUCUGGGGAUGUUGGCAAUAUGUUUCCACUAACUUGCUAGGGACACAAAACAAGCAACGUGAGAAACCGUUAGGAUAAUCGUCCUUCUAAAGGCCAACCAUAAUGCCCAUAUUUGGCUGGAAUAUAGAGAAGCAAGCCGGCAGAGAGAUCAAUCAGACAUUUAUGCAAUAUAUAUAGGACUACAUCCAAAUAUUAUUCUCAACCAGAGUAUAUCAGUGCUUAGACCAGAGGGCAUUCACAUACCAAAUGAAUAAAUACAACAUCAAAGUGCAACAUUAUAAAAGUACUCAAAACUAAAGCAGACCCAUCAAAUCAAUGGGGCUUAUGUAAGUGUAGCAUUGCCAGAUUCCCAUAGAAUCAUAGAAUCCAAGAGUUGGAAGAGACCUCAUGGGCCAUCAUCCAGUCCAACCCCAUUUUGCCAAGAAGCAGGAAUAUUGCAUUCAAAUCACCCCUGGCAGAUGGCCAUCCAGCCUCUGUUUAAAAGCUUCCAAAGAAGGAGCCUCCACCACACUCCGGGGCAGAGAGUUCCACUGCUGAACGGCUCUCACAGGAAGUUCUUCCUCAUGUUCAGAUGGAAUCUCCUUUCUUGUAGUUUGA